UAUAAUGAAGGCAGACUCAGAAUUCGAGGAGAAGCAGAGAAAGAUAGUUGAACUUUGGGAUACAUACCAUGUAUCAUUAAUCCACAGAAGCUAUUUCAUCCAACUUUUCAAAGGUGAUCCUUCCGAUUGUUUGUAUUUGGAGAUAGAGCUCAGGAGAUUGACAUUCCUUAAGGACUCGUUGUCAAACGCAACAGCUUCAAGUGAGAAGGAACUGAUUCGAGAGAGGGGGAUGUUGAGCAAGCAAAUACGGAGUAAGUUGUCAACUAAGCAGAGAGAGGAAGUGUAUAAGAAGUGGGGAAUUGAUUUGAACACAAAGCAGAGGAGCGUACAAUUAGCACAUCUUGUAUGGUCAGACACCAAGGACAUGGUCCAUGUGAAGGAGAGUGCUGCUCUUAUUGCCAAGUUGAUAGGAUUUGAGAAUCGAGACCCCAAUGAGGGAGUUGGCCUCUGCCUUUUGCCCCCUUUUUUAUCCCGAAGAUCUCACAGCUGGAGGCUUAGCCUCCCUUCCCUCUUUUAG